UUUGAUGUGUUUGUGUGACACAGACAACAUUGCAGUAAUUUCCUAUUGGAUGAGAGAGAUUUUCUAUAUUUCUUUCAAUAUUGAAAGUGAGGCUGAUAGCUUUUUUCUUUGUUCAUCAUACACACAAUUGUGUGUGUGUGUGUGGAGGACAUAGGGUUGUAACUAGCACACACCAGCAUCUGGCUAACAUCUCACCUCCCACUACAUACAGCAACUGUCACACUAUUAUAUCAGCAGUUACACAGGAACAGCAGCAGCAGUAACACAGGAACACUACUACAACAGCAGCAGUACCACUAUAAUACCACUACAGCAGCAGCAGCAGUUGGAGUGGAACACUACAGCAGGAUACACAUCAUCCAUCACACACAACUACAGUGAAGGAUUAAACAAUGCAGCAAUUUCUCCUGCUGAAAUGUGAUGAAGAAUUCCAGACAUGACAGCAUAUAUUGGUCUACUGUGUCUUCUACAUUUACUGAUCACCCUUGUACUGUCCAUAGAUAUUACAUACCAUGUCAAGGAAGAAGACAGACCUCACACCUAUAUAGGAGACAUUGCUGUUGACUCUAACUUAUCACACCCUCUCACACAUCAACAACACACUCUCAUUACAUUUACACAACUACAAAGGACAGUCGAGAGUGGUUCUCACUUAUUUAAUGUCACCAACUCAGGAAAACUAUACACAACUCAGACACUGGAUGCAGAGUCCCUGUGUACAUACAACAAAGAAUGUUCCAGAAUAGUUAAAGUAGCAGUGAGAAAAGGAAAAACAUUUAUGAAGAUUCUAAAAAUUAAAAUAUUAAUAGAUGACAUCAAUGACCAUUCUCCAGAAUUUCCACAGAAUGAAAUCACAAUAAAGUUUUUAGAGAGAGAUUUUAAAGGUACUAAAAUCCCACUUUUAAAUGCCAUUGAUGAAGAUAUUUCAAUAAAAAAUUCCCAAAUUACAUAUAUGAUCAAGAAAAGUAAAAGAGAACCAUUUUCACUCUCUGUCACAAAACACAAAGGUAUUUUCACACCUGAAAUAAUUCUUGAAGAUAAGUUAGACAGGGAAGUAAAAGACUCAUACAUGUUAACCUUGAAGCUAAAGAUGGAGGGAAUCCUCCCAAAACAGCUACACUCAAGGUACACAUAUCUGUAA